AAUAAAAAUAUUGGAAAUACUAGUGAAUAAUUAAUAAGAAAAAAAGUGGAAAAUUGUUAUGAAAAGAAAAUAAAUUUUUUGCUAAAAUGCCAAAAAAUUAAAAUAAAUUUAUAAAUGUGCAGUUGGUACCACAAAAUAAAAAGUGAUUCAAUGGUUUAAUUUACAAAAAAAAUAAAAAAAUUAAUAAAUAAAUCAAACUUUAAAUAAAAUAUACCGCCAAUUAUUGAACGAUUUUUCAUAAAAAACGUUACGUUUAUUUUUGUUAAAGACGAUCGACCGACGUCUACUCUAACGGCGAUUGGUAUGUUGUAUGAGGUGGGGCACCACCACCACAUAUUGCCUGAGUAUUAAGAUGAUGUUGCAUGGAUUGCAUGUCUUAAACUGUUUCUAUGCCCAUUGAUUUUUUAUAAAGUUUUGCAUAAAAAUUUUAUAAUUGCUGUUACAAUUCAAAAUCAUUUAAUUAACAUCAGCAGUCAGCCAGCCAGUCACUGAGUAACAACAAUAAUAAAAGAAAAUUUCCAAACAAAAUUUUGAAAAAAAAAAUUAUCAUAAUCCAUUAUGGAGGCCUCUGAAGUUUUGUAUUCAACGCCAACAGCAGCAGCAGCAUUGGCAGCAACAAAUGCAUUGUCAAAUGAAAUGUCAUUAACACCCACAACACAAACUCAACUGCUGCAACAACAACAACAGCAACCAACACCACUAUCACCUUUAGUUAUAACAACUACAACAACAUCAACAGCAGCACAUUCACCAGCUGCAGCACCCAUAACACCAACAACACCGAGGACAACCACUCAUACGCCAAGAGAAAUACCAACCAUGUACAUUUUAGAUCAAAUGUACGAUGAUUAUAUGGAUCAAUACAACGGCAACAAUAUUACCACGCCCACUGAGGAGCCUGAUGCCAGCCUUGAGCUGGUUCCUUGUCCCAUAUGUUCGCGUACCUUUAAUCCGGUAACUUUAAGAAAACAUGUGGGUAUUUGUGAGAAAAUGACUACAAAAAAGCGCAACAUAUUCGAUUCCUCACGGCAAAGACGUGAGGGUACUGAUUUGGCUACAUAUCCAUUGCCUAAAAAUUUCGGUUUACCCGAGAAAGCCACAUCGAGUACUUCCAUAACACAGACUAGAAAUGAAAGGGGACAAUCACCCAAGCCAGCUGCCCAGAUCUCCUCUCCCAAUUUGACACGCAAAAAACCAGCAGAAGAUCUAAUAAGAUCUACAGCUCGUGCUUCUAUGCGUAAAGCGGUUUUCUCUAACAAUAAUACUCCCACCUCUACUACGGCAACUUCCACAAACUUUAAUCGUGAUCGUAUGCGUUCUUCCGAACGUUCCUUAACUAGAUCGAGAGGUAUUCAACCACCUCCGGCUGAGCAAUGUCCUCAUUGUGAAAGAUGUUUUGGUAUUAAAGCCUACGAUCGUCAUGUUGAAUGGUGCAAAGAGAAGGCUUUACAGGCCGCUAUUAAACAGGGUGGUACUAAGAAUGAUGGCAAUGUAGCUAAGGCCCGUUUGGAGGCUCGUACCAAGUAUCGAGCUCCAUGUUUGAAAACCAAACGUUCCAUGAACCGUGAAAAAUAUUCCGGUUUAGCUGGCGAAGAGCAUGAAAACGAUGACACAACCAAAACUUCUAAAACCAAUGGCAGCAAAACUCAAGACAAUAGUUUAAUGUCUAUGUCCAUGACCUCUUCCAUGUGUAGCGAAAGUGGUUUGCCCGACAAUUAUGAUCCCUUUUUGUCGGCCAAACGCCAACUCGAAGAGUUGUGCUCACCAACAAAUGAAUCCGUUGAUAUGUCCACAACUCCACAAACACCACAACUGCCCAGUUUGCCUGCUACGCCGAAUAGUAAUAACAACACCAACAACAACAGUAGCAUCAAUAAAAUGUCUACAUCACUUAUACUCAGCUCUUCAACACCAAAUAAUACUACAGCUAAUCUAAUGACUACAUCACAAAUACCACAACAAACUCAAAAAACUCCAACUUUAGCCAGAUCUUCUAGCUUUAGACGCACUUCCUCUUUGAGGGGACCUAGAAGAUCACCCAUGUUAUCGGCUCGUCCACCAUUAUUUGCGCAAAAACAUCGUCCUACCAUACAAAGGGGAUUAUCGGAUGAAGGACCCAUUUCUACAAACUUCCUUAAGCCCGAAGAAUACGAUGAAAUGCCAGUAAGAUCGGUAUGUGUUAAUGAUUUUGCGGUGAAUAAAAGUCCACGGGUGGUAAGAAGAGAUACUUCGGCCUCGAAUCGUAAACAACCUUUGAAAUUGAAUAUAAAUGCAGCCAAUGCUAGUGGAAGUAGUGCAGCAGCUUCGCCUAAUAUAAUGGAACCCGAGGUGGCAGCGACCAAUAAUACUGCUUCCAAAUAUGUUUCAAAAACUGAUUCUUUGGCGGUAUUUUUAAAAUAUGAACAUGAGCUGGAGAAGUUAAAUCAAACUACUGCGGAUAAAGAGCUUAAAAAGGAGACUUUAUUGGAGGUCAAAACACCCUCUACUGCUGGUUCUAUAACUACAACGGUAGCUAAUCUAGAUGGACCCUUAAAUGCUAAAGAGCUUAAGGAUAAGAGUAAUAAUUUGAGUAAACAAAACUCGGCCAAAAAUAUUAAGGCGGAUAUUAUGGCGGCCUGUGAAACUAAUGAGAAUUAUGAGUUAAAUGUUAAGAACACUAAUGAAAUGGAAAUAAACAAAUAUGGACAGCAGCGUUUGGCGCCAUUGUCCUCUAAACCUGUGACACCUUUAAGCAAACCUCAAACACCACAAGUACAGCAGCCUUCGGGGGUCUUAACACCUUUGAAUGUUAAAACAAACCUGGAGCAGAAAUCUGCCGCCCCUAAAUCCCCCAAACCAGUGGCCUUAAGUUCUAUAUUUGGUGGUGAUAAUAGUAAAGCGGUCAAGAACUCUUCUCAUCUUUAUGCAGAACGUAAAAAUUCUAUGGGUUCCGAUUAUAUAGAUCCCAAACUGAUAAAUAAAUGUGAUAAUCUUCCAAUUAAUUUAAAUCUGAAGCGAACAGAUUUUAAACAUUCAGAUUCUGAUACUUCCGAAACACGUGUGGAACAGUUUUCUUCCUCCUCUUCAUCAGAAUCUUCGGCGCCGGCCAAGAAAACAACAACAACAGCAACUAGUCUUCAGCAGCAUACAAAGUUUUUGCCCACAGUUAAACAGCAACAACAACAACCAGAACAAAAUAAUAAUUUAAAUCUAAAUCAAAAUCAUCUUCCCCCACAGCAGCAGCAGCAGCAGCAGCCGUUAACCAAUAGUCAACGUAACUCAGCCGAAGGACGUAAUCUUUUGAAACGGCGCAUGCGUUUGGGACGCAAUCAAUUCUUAUAUGAUGCUUCCCCAGAAGGAGAUUCUUGUUCAGCCGAUGAUGAGGGCGCCAAUCGUUCUUCUCUGGAAGGAGAAACUCUACAGCAGCACAAUCUUCUAAGAGAACAUGAAAAGGCUUUUGCGAGAUUAAGCUCCCAGCAGAUGAAUCCAGUGGAUGCCCCCUUUAUACCACCUUUGCCGGCAUUUGAUGAUUUUGAUUUUGAGGAAUUCCUAUCAUCAUUUGAAAAUGAUGAAGAACAAUUUCCUCUCUUCAAAGAUUGUAGAGAAUUUCUUAUGAAUCGCACAUCGAAAAAACAAAGAUCGAUGUUAAUGACGAAUUCUGCGACACAAAACCAACAAAACAAUACACACAACAACACUCACAACAACAACAACAACAACUCUACGAAUUUCAAAAAAUCUUCCUCUCCACAAACAUUCCCACCCCUAACGCCUCAAACGCACUCAAGCGGCAGUGGGCAACACUUUCAAUUUCCCUCUUUGCCUCAACAUCCCAAAAAUCUAUUUAAUUCCUUUUCCCUUAACACUAGGAGCCGGAAUAAAUACGAUGAACUAACAGCUAGCACCACCACCACCAAAUCAACGGAUACUUUUUGCCUUAACACAAACGCAGAACAAUUCAAGGAUCAUAGUCUCAAUCAAAAACGUGAGAUUUUCAUCAGCAUAGAGACGGAACAAAAUGAUCUAGAUAAAUCACCCAUUUCACCCAAUUCCAUACGCCAUAUGGUGGGUAAUCCACAGACCGUGGUAGAAGUGGAAGUAGAUGCAGCCCAUGACAAUAAGUUUAGUAAAAUAUCAGAUGAUGAUGAAGGAGAAACGGGCCAAAAUAUGUGUAGAACAAAAAACUUUUCCGCGCACUCCAUGGCCGAACGUUUGCCCAAUGUUCAGCUGAAUAAUGCCAAAAAUUUAAUGCAAAAAAUGCAAGAAGAUUUUCGUCAAAUGGGCGAUGAUAUGGCAGGCAAUUUAAGGCUGACUACUGCCACUGCUCCCAUGGAUGUGAAUAUGAAUAGCAAGGUUAAUAUGACGGCCGCAAAUAGAAAAAUAAAUCGUACAGCUGGUACUCCCAGCGGUGAUGCUUAUGGUGACUCAGAUGAAUUAAGCAGCUUAGAUGGUUAUCCUUUAUCUUCGCCCAAUUCACGUUUGGGUGUUAGUUCGAAAACGAGUGCAGACUCGGCCUAUGGAAGUCUCUCUCGUCAACGUUCUUCGGAACUAACAACCCAACGCAACACUAAUCGUAGUCGUCCCAUGACCUCUAAUACAGCUAAUCGCCCACUUACCGAGGAAACCUCCCUGGGACGUUCUAGACAAUUAAGUGCCUCUUCUAGCAGCAGUUCGGAGCAUGCUUUACCACCCUUAACAAGUAGUAAUAGUUUUCACAAACAGCAGCAACAACUCUACAAUAAUAACAAUAACAACCCGGAUUUAGAGGAACUAAUGCGUUAUGAACGCCACAGCAAUAAUAAUAAUAACAACAACAAUUAUGAAAUACCACCCUCUCACGCUACACUAACAGGAGCCACAAAUUCUCACACAAAUUUGGAAUCUUUACAGCAAUAUCCCUCUAACUCCACCAUGAGCUCAAGUAUGAAAAUGUCAAAAUUCUGUCAUGAAUGUGGCAGUAGAUUUCUACUCGAACAAGCAAAAUUUUGUAUGGACUGUGGUGUUAAACGUAUAGUAUUGUAGAACAAAAUUUAAAAACUGUAGAUUGUGAACUACUUGUAGUACUACUACUACUACUACUAAAAAACUAUUAUUAGUAGUUAAGUUUUUUUUAUUAAAUAAUAAUUAACAAUAUAUUUUCUUAACUUUGUUUUAUAUAUAAAAAAAAAACAUUUAUUUAGUUUAAUAAAUAAUAUAUAUAUAUUUUUAACAAUUUCUCAAAAGAACAAUAACGAUCACAAAUUGAAUAAUUUAAUAACUAGUUUAAAAUGCUAAACCAAAACGAAUAAUACUAAACAAAAACAUAAAAAUUGUUUAAAAAAUUUACGAACAAAAUUGCAUUAAAAUGAAAACGAUAAAUUAUUUUUUUAACAUUUUUUUUAAUAAAAAAAUUUUAUUUUUUAAAUCUAAUGCUCUCUUUCUUACUUUAUGUUAAUAUUAAUAAUAAAGUUAGGUUAUAACUUACAUAUAACGGUAAUGUUAAAUACAACACUGUUAUUAUGUUAAAAGGUCUGUUACAGUUUCCUUUACAAAUUGAACUAAUCGAGAUACUCAAAUGAUGUCCAUUCUUUAGGUCUUAUUAGAGAGACUACACAACUGUCUACAGUCGAAAGACUUUAGAAUAGUCUUUAGCCCAGAGACUACAAAUAUAUCGAAAGACUAUGGGACUGUUAAUGGUCGAGAGAUAGCAGAAUAGUCGUUAGUCAAGUUACCAUAGAAUUGCUUUUAGUCGAGAGACUUUAGCUAUAGAAUCUAUCUUCGAAAGACUGCAGAAGAGUCAAUACUCGACAGACUAAGUUGGCAGUCAAUAGAACUAUGUAUAGGCAAGAGAAUAUAGACAACUAACUAUAGUCGAAAACUUUAUAUAGUUGAGAGACAAUAGAACUGUCUUUAGUCGUAAGAACUCUCUAUAGUCAAGAGUCUAUAGACCUACUUAUAGUCGAGAGGCUUUAGAAUAGUACUUAGACGAGAAACUAUAAAAUAUAAUCAAGCCGAGGGACUACAGAAGAGUCGAGUACAGACUAAGGAAUAGUCUAUAUUCGAGAGUUUAUUGAGAAGCUAUAGAACUGCUUAUAUUCGAGAGACUAUAGAACUGACUAUAGUCGAGAGACUAUAGAGCUGUCUAAAGUCAAAAGACUAUAGAACUAUCUAUAAUCGGGAAACUAUAGAACUAUCUGUAGUCAAAUACAGUCGAGAGACUAUAAAAUUGUCUACAGUCAAAAGACUAUAGAAUUGUCUAUAGUAAACGGAUUAAAAAACUGUAUAUAGUCGAGCUUUAUAGAGCUUUAUAUAGUCAAAAGACUACAGAAUUGUCUAUAGUCAAAGGACAAUAGAACUGUCUAUUGUCGAGAGACUAUAGAACUGUCUAUAGUCAAAAGACUAUAGCAUUGUCUAUGGUCAAAACACUAUAGAACUGUCUAUAGUCAAAAUAUUAUAGAACGGUCUAUAGUCGAGACCCUAUAAAAUUGUCUAUUGUCGAGAAACUAUAGAACUGUUUAUAGUCAAAGUACUAUCGAACUAUCUAUAAUCAAAGGACAAUAGAACUGUCUAUUGUCGAGAGACUAUAGAACUGUCUAUAGUCGAGAGAGUAUAGAAUUGACAAAAGACUAUAGAAUUGUCUAUAGUCAAAGGACUAUAAAACUGUCUAUGGUCAAAAGUCUAUAGAACUGUCUACAGUAAAAAGACUAUAGAACUAUCUAUACUCGAGAGACUAUAGAACUGUCUAUAGUCAAAAGACUAUAGAAUUGUCUAUAGUCAAAGGACUAUAAAACUGUAAAGGACUAUAGAACGGUCUAUAGUCGAGACCCUAUAAAAUUGUUUAUUGUCGAGAAACUAUAGAACUGUUUAUAGUCAAAGGACUAUCGAAAUGUCUAUAAUCAAAGGACAAUAGAACUGUAUAUUGUUUAGAGACUAUAGAACUGUCUAUAGUCGAGAGAGUAUAGAAUUGACAAAAGACUAUAGAAUUGUCUAUAGUCACACUAUAAAAACUGUCUAUGGUCAAAGGUCUAUGGAACUGUCUGCAGUAAAAAUACUAUAAAACUAUCUAUAGUCGACAGACUAUAGAACUAUCUAUAGUCGACAGACUAUAGAAUUGUCUAUAGUCAAAGGACUAUAAAACUGCAAAGGACUAUAGAACGGUCUAUAGUCGAGACCCUAUAAAAUUGUCUAUUGUCGAGAAACUAUAGAACUGUUUAUAGUCAAAGUACUAUCGAACUGUCUAUAAUCAAAGGACAAUAGAACUGUCUAUUGUCGAGAGACUAUAGAACUGUCUAUAGUCGAGAGAGUAUAGAAUUGACAAAAGACUAUAGAAUUGUCUAUAGUCAAAGGACUAUAAAACUGUCUAUGGUCAAAAGUCUAUAAAACUCUCUACAGUAAAAAGACUAUAGAACUAUCUAUACUCGAGAGACUAUAGAAUUGUCUAUAGUCAAAGGACUAUAAAACUGUCUAUAGUUAAAAGACUAUAGAACGUCUAUAGUCAAAAGACUAUAGAACUGAUUGAAGAAAGAUUAGAACUGUCUAUAGUUCAGAGACUUCUAUUUCUUCCCAUUUCUCACUAAAUAGUUAAAGUUUUCUUAGAAUAUCUGCUGGUUAAACGAAAAGGGAAACCAAUAAAAGGGGCCUUGAUAUUCUAAAUAUAAUUUCAGUGUUGUAUAGACGUUAAAAUUCAAGAAAUUAUUAUUAUUCUUUUAUCAAAGAUAAUUUAAAAACUCACUUGACUUUUUUUCUUAAACGAUCCAUAUUAAAAAUCCCCUAAAAAAUCUUUCCCAAACUUUUGAAAUAAUACUUUGUGGAUUUCAAAUAAUUUUAAAAAACUGCCUUCUAAGCUGAAAUGUUUUGAAAAUAGAUUGUUUAAAUUAAAUUAUAACAAUAAUUAAAAUUGCCUUAUUUUAAUGAUAAAAUCCAGUUUCACAAUUUAUAGUUAUUAUUUUAUAUAUUCGAUUCGUGUAACUAUAUAAAACCAGCCUUUGAAAACAGAGCUUUAAAUAUGUUUGUCUAAUUAUAUUUAUAAAAAUUUUGAAAAUAUUAUAAAUUAAACAAAAAUAAAUAUAAACUCACAACUAAACCAAAUUUAUUAAAUAGAGUUGAUACUUAUUUAAUUAAUAUAUAUUUUUCUAAAUUAUCAUUUAAAAAAUACAUGUGAAAUAUAUAAAUAUUUAUAUAUCAUUAAAUUCAUAAAUAUAUAAUUGUCACAAUGACCGGCUUAAAUAUUAACCAUUUAAUAAAUAUUGUAGUUUUUUGAAACAUUAAAAUAAAUAAUAUUUUUAAUAAAAAGUAUUUCUUAC